ACCAGGCAGCUGCAGCGGAGCCGCGGAGCGGGCGGCGGGGCCGGGGCGCUGAGAUCUGGGAGCGCGGAAUGUAAGGCUGGGCGGCCCGCGGCACUCUUGGACGCUCGGACGGGCGAGGGGCGGCGACCCCUCGCGGACGACCGGCCAUUCCGGGCUGCGGACUCGCCUUCUCGCUCGCCCUUGCGCACGCCCCGCGCCCUCCAGCGCGCCGGCGGGACCAUGAAGAAGUUCUCUCGAAUGCCCAAGUCGGAGGGCGGCGGCGGCGGAGGAGCGGCGGGUAGCGGAGCCGUCGGGGUCGGGGCCGGCUCUGGCUCCGGUAGCUCGUCUGUGGGAGUCCGGGUGUUCUCAGUCGGCCGCUACCAAGUCACCCUGGAGGAGUCGGUGGCCGAAGGUGGAUUUUCCACAGUUUUCCUGGUGCGGACUCAUGGUGGAGCCCGCCAUGCAUUGAAGCGAAUGUAUGUCAAUAACUUGCCAGACCUCAACAUUUGUAAAAGGGAAAUUAAAAUUAUGAAAGAGCUAUCUGGUCACAAAAAUAUUGUGGGUUAUCUGGACUGUGCUGUUAAUUCAAUUAGUGAUAAUGUAUGGGAAGUACUCAUCUUAAUGGAAUAUUGUCGAGCUGGGCAGGUAGUGAAUCAGAUGAAUAAGAAGCUGCAGACAGGUUUUACGGAACCGGAAGUGUUACAGAUAUUCUGCGACACCUGUGAAGCUGUUGCGAGGUUGCAUCAGUGUCAGACUCCAAUAAUUCAUCGGGACCUGAAGGUAGAAAAUAUUUUGUUGAAUGACAGUGGAAACUAUGUACUUUGUGACUUUGGCAGUGCCACUAAUAAGUUUCUUAAUCCUCAAAAAGAUGGAGUUAAUGUAGUAGAAGAAGAAAUUAAAAAGUAUACAACUCUGUCAUACAGAGCCCCUGAAAUGAUCAACCUUUAUGGAGGGAAACCCAUCACCACCAAGGCUGAUAUCUGGGCACUGGGAUGUUUACUGUAUAAACUUUGCUUCUUCACGCUUCCUUUUGGUGAAAGUCAGGUUGCCAUCUGUGAUGGCAGUUUCACCAUCCCAGACAAUUCUCGUUACUCCCAUAACAUACAUUGCUUAAUAAGGUUCAUGCUCGAACCAGAUCCAGACCGUAGACCUGACAUAUUUCAAGUGUCCUAUUUCGCAUUUAAAUUUGCCAAAAGAGAUUGUCCAGUCUCCAAUAUCAAUAAUUCUUCUAUUCCUUCUACUCUUCCUGAACCCAUGACUGCUAGUGAAGCAGCUUCUAGGAAAAGCCAAAUAAAAGCCAGAAUAACAGAUACCAUUGGACCAACAGAAACCUCAAUUGCACCAAGACAAAGACCAAAGGCCAACUCUACUACUGCCACUCCCAGUGUGCUGAGCAUUCAGAGUUCAGCAACACCUGUUAAAGUCCCUGUACCUGGUGAAUUCGGUAACCACAGAUCAAAAGGAGCACUGAGACCUGGAAACGGUCCUGAGAUUUUACUGGGUCAGGGGACCCCUCAGCAGCCUCCGCAGCAACACAGAGUACUUCAGCAACUGCAGCAAGGGGAUUGGAGGUUGCAGCAACUGCAUUUACAGCAUCGUCAUCCUCACCAGCAGCAGCAGCAGCAGCAGCAGCAGCAGGAUGCUUAUAUGCAGCAGUAUCAACAUGCAAUGCAGCAGCAACAGUUACUUCAACAACAGUUUCUAAUGCAUUCGGUGUAUCAGCCGCAGCCUUCUGUACCACAGUAUCCUGCAAUGAUGCAGCAGUAUCAGCAGGCUUUCUUGCAGCAGCAAAUGCUAGCUCAACAUCAGCAAUCUCAGCAGCUGGCAUCACCUGAGUAUCUUACCUCCCCUCAAGAGUUCUCACCUGCCUUAGUUUCCUAUAGUUCGUCACUUCCAGCUCAGGUUGGAACCAUAUUGGACUCCUCUUCUAGUGCCAAUAGGUCAGUUGCUGAUAAAGAGGCAGUUGCAAAUAUUACAAAUCAGAAGAACAUCAGUAACCCACCUGAUAUGUCAGGGUGGAAUCCUUUUGGAGAGGAUAAUUUCUCCAAGUUAACAGAAGAAGAACUCUUGGACAGAGAAUUUGACCUUCUAAGAUCAAACAGGCUCAAGGAGAGAGCAUCCUCAGAUAAGAAUGUAGACCCACUUUCUGCUCCACAUAACCAUCCUCCAGAAGAUCCUUUUGGUUCUGUUCCUUUCAUUUCUCACUCAGGUUCUCCUGAAAAGAAAAUUGAACACUCAUCCUUGAGGGAAGAAAACAGCACUGCAAACCUGAUCAAGAAUAGAAAGACAAGUCCUGUAUCUAAAGACCACCGGGCUGGAAAGAAAAUCUCAGAGAAUUCAUCAGUACCGGGUCAAGUGCAGAAGGGAAAUGACGAGUCUGAAAGUGAUUUUGAAUCAGAUCCCCCUUCUCCUAAGAGCAGUGAAGAGGAAGAGCAAGAGGAUGAAGAAGUUCUUCAGGGAGAACAAGAUUUCAAUGAUGAUGAUACUGAACCGGAAAAUCUGGGUCAUAGGCCCCUCCUCAUGGACUCUGAAGAUGAGGAAGAAGAAGAGAAACAUAGCUCUGAUUCUGAGUAUGAACAGGCCAAAGCCAAGUACAGUGACAGGAGCCCUGCCUACAGAGACAAAGCCGGCAGCGGGCCCAUCCAAGAUCCUGAUGUAACUCUCCUCAGCCCAACCCAGUUACCCUGUGAUGUUGGAGUGCAGACCCCCAAAGAGGAGUUUGAUGUAUUUGGCGCUGUCCCCUUCUUUGCAGUGCGUGCUCAACAGCCCCAGCAAGGAGAAAAUGAAAAGAACCUCUCUCAACAGACCUGUUUUCCUGGUGUGGGACUGGAGCAGGAGGAAUUUGAUGUAUUCACGAAGGCACCCUUUAGCAAGAAGGUGAACCUACAAGAUGGCCGUGCAGUGGUGCCUGGAGCGCAGACUCUCCCAGGUUGUCCCAAAAGUAUAGAUGUAUUUGGCUCCACUCCAUUUCAGCCCUUUCCCACAUCCACAAGUAAAAGUGACAUCCACGAGGACCUUUUUGGGCUUGUGCCCUUUGAGGAAAUAACUGGGAGUCAGCAGCAAAAAGUCAAGCAGCGUAGCUUACAGAAACUGUCUUCUCGCCAAAGGCGCACAAAACAGGAUCUGUCCAAAAGCAAUGGGAAGCGGCACCACGGCACGCCGACCAGCACGAAGAAGACCAUGAAGCCGACCUACCGCACUCCAGAGAGGGCUCGCAGGCACAAAAAGGUGGGCCGCCGAGACUCUCAAAGCAGCAAUGAAUUUUUGACCAUCUCAGACUCCAAGGAGAACAUCAGUGUUACGCUGACUGAUGGGAAAGACAGAGGGAAUGUCCUGCCUCCUGAGGAGAGUCUGUUGGACCCCUUUGGGGCCAAGCCCUUUCAUCCCCCAGACCUGCCUUGGCACCCCCCACAUCAGAGCCUGAGUGACCUCCGCGCCGACCAUAAUCCCGUGCUGCCCGGACGGCCAAGACCCAAUUCACUUCAUGGGUCAUUCCAUAGUGCAGAUGCGUUGAAAAUGGAUGAUUUUGGUGCCGUCCCCUUUACAGAACUUGUGGUGCAAAGCAUUACUUCACCUCAGUCCCAACAGUCGCAGUCAGUCGAAUUAGACCCAUUUGGUGCUGCUCCAUUUCCUUCUAAACAGUAGAUACUUCAAAUGGACUCUUGGUAUUAACCCCCGUUUCCAAUAAGUAUGAAUAGUUUUAUGAAUUUGAAGGAAAAUUGAUUUGUAUAGCCCUUUGUAUCAUUCAUUCUUACAGGUCAGCCAGAAUAGGUGAUUUUUAAAUAAACCAAAUAGCAAAAGGAAGUCUCUCCACAGGGUAGUGACUUGGUGUCUUGUCCACGCAGGAAAAUAGGGAGCUGGACUGGAAGCUCUGACCCAGGGUUUCAGCUACUGACAUGACGACAGCACAGAAAUCCAGGGAAUGCAUGUGGCUUGUUUCCAGUUUUUCAGCCACUGAAGAGGGACUGGAAAGAUGAGUUGUUAUUUUUAUACCAGAAUGUCACUUUUAUGUGCAUACCCUAGGCUCAUUCUAGAAUCCAGCAUUAAAGCUAAGGUUAUCUGUACAAAUACAGGUUGCACUUGUAGAUUUUUUAGACUCUUCUAAUUUCCACACAGUCAAAGAGAAUUUUAUUCUCAUAAAGAAUCAGAAAGUUAUUAUCUGGAGAAUGCAGAGAUUUUAGUCCUUAUACUUUUCUCUACAAAGCAGAGCCAGAAGUAACUAUUGUGCCUAAAACUUUCAUUUUUAAAAACAAGUGCCAUUAAUAUGGAGUAUCUACAUAUAAGCCUAGAACAAAAACAAGAGGUUUUUGCCAGAUGUAUGCAAAACGUAAAAGGAAAAAUGAUAUAGAAGAGAAACAAAAAUACUUGAGGAAUAUUUAAUAUUCACCUUUUGAAUAGCUUGCUUCUUCCUCAAAAUUCAUAUUAUCAUGUCCCUAAUAAAGUAGAUUAUUAGAAAACUGGGAGUGAGGACAAAGGUUAUAUAGAACUUUUAUUUCAGGAAAAAAAAAAUGUGUAGCUGAAACCCUGAGUUUUUAAGACGUUUACAAUGUAAAAUCAUGUUGCAUUUAAUAAUGUACUUUAAAUUACCACCUUCACCAAAUAUUUCCUAAGUCAUGAAUGACAAUUUUUUAGUUAGGUUUUGGGGGGUAGAGUAGUUUUAAUGAAGUGCACAGAGCAAUGAAAGCCACAAGCCUUACAUGCAGGACUCUUAGGGCCUGCCGCAAGUACCUCGGCACUGAUAAGCGAGAUCUUAAAAUGGCUGUAAGUAUUAGAUGAUAAGAGACUAGUGUCUUAACUCUACUAGUUGUGUCUUUAGUGAAAAGAACCCAGCUACCAAAUUGCCUUUUUUUUUUUAACAUCACAAAUCCUAAUUAGAAACUUGAGAUUUUUUUAUAGAAAUUGUCUAAUAAGAUAGAAAUUAUAUAUAUGCAUUAAUGUGAAUAUAGUAUCUGUGCUUCUUCUGUCUUCAAGUAUUUUAAGUUAUAAUUAACUGUCCUUCCCUAUCAAAUUAGCAUUUGGAAGUUUCUAGAAUUGUUAGAGGUAUUUACAAAAAGGGUGGAAACUCUUAUCAACUGGCACUCUCCUUGAUUGUUAUAUUUUAAAUUAAUUUUGAGCCCAAUUAAAGUGUAUUUUAUGAGUAAUCUUAUUAUUGAUAGAAUCUCUUAAUUAUAGUGUCCCAAUUGGGAUGAGCUAUUUGCUUGUUUUCACAGUUCUAAACUUGGAAAGAAGCAAGUCAUAUGUAACUAACAUAUAUUCAUGUUUUUAUUGCUUCUCUUUUCUAUUUUAAAACAAACAAAUUUGUGGACAAACAGGGAAGCAAUAUGUGAAUCAGAGUUAGCAGAGGCAGACCACGCAUGAUGUUACCACUUACAAGUUGUACUUUUAGAGCCCGACCGCACCCAUUACUAGUCCUGUGCCAAAGGCAAAUAGUGUGUUUGCACGUAUUUUUUUUUAUUUUCUGAUUCUCAGGUUGAUUAAUACUGCUAAUGCAAAUGCUUACGUAGAUGUUUUUAAAAUCUUUACAAAGUAGAUUCAAAGGAUACUUUCUUUUAAAAGUGAAGAGUUGAUGAUUACAUAUAGUAAAUUCAUGAACUACCAGUAGGUUUGUAUCAAACAGAAGAAUUUUUUUUUAAUGAUAAUCUGUUGGUUGUUGUGCACAGUAUGCUUCUUUGACUAUUUUAGUCCUUGGCCUUGGUCUCUGCUAGACCUCAUGAAUUUUGUAAUUUAGAAGGGGUAGUAGAUGAAUUAGUGUGGUCUCCAUGGGAUGUGAACAUGAAAUACCUAGACUCUCUGAUACCAGGCCUUGCUUACAUUUGCAUUUCAUCAAUAUACUGAAUGUUUUUUAAUGACUUUAGACACUGACAUAGACACUUCGGCUUACAAUAUUGGAUGAAUUCUAAGGAAACAACUUCGACAUUGUUUAAAACACAUUCAUAGGUUUCUUACAUUACAGCCCAGUGACUUCCCUCUUUUCAGAUUAUAGUUCAGAGGAAACACUGAGGAUUCAGGAGGGGACGCCGUGGGAUCGAAGUGGGGAGAUGCCCGUGUGUUGGGGGAGAGGCCCCUCUUUCCCAAGCAGUAUGGGAUCAGGUUUGCUCUCCGUUCGCAGUCACUUCCUCCCACUACUGUUAGGAUGCAGGUGACUCCAGACAGCUGAUGCCCAGGUCAUUCCCUUAAGAGAAUUAGGAGAAUAACACUCCCAAGGAAUGUGAAAAAGUGUAAUAGCACCCAAUUAAAGUUUGGCUCUAUAAUGGGAUGGUCCGAUUCUUGUUUGAGGAAGGAAAGGUGAAUAGAAAUUACUUUCCUAUUAUUAAUCAAGUGUCCUCUGUGCUCCUCUAGCAUGUUAGUUAUAACUCUAAACCUGUAAUACUUGAACAUCACUAAGGGAAGUAAAAUAUUAUGAAGCUAGCAAAAAUCUGAGGCCAAAGUUAUUUUUGCUCUAACAGCUUUAAUCAUGCUUGUUGAUUUUUGACUAAUCUGUAGAAGUGGACCAUUUGCUUAAUUAUUUUAAUAGUGUCACUUCCGCAAAAUGUUAAAGAUUAGCUUUUAUGGCAUUGAAGAAUGUACUGUUGGGACACAUGUUUCUUGGUGUGUGUAUUAGGUGGAGGAAGAAAGGCUAUAGGCUGCAAGAAAUUUUAACUGACUAGAAUAUUUAUUCAGAAGUAUCAGUCAGGGAAAUGUGUAAAUGUUCCAGUGACCCGCUGUGCGCGCGCGCGCGUGUGUGUGUGUGUUAUUCGGGAUUGUAGGUAAAUGUGUGUGUGUGUGUGUCCCCAUCCAGCUAGGACAUUGUGUGUGUGUGUGUGUGUGUGUGUGUAUGUGUGUAUGUG